AUGAAGACGCGACAAAGUCUUUACCUCGGUCAGAGUGGUCGAGCUCUGCAAGAUCGUGCUCAAGUUCAACCUCCUCUAGCUCUUGAUACCACCAAUCUAACACGCAAACGUCCUUCACAUUAUCAGCAGUGUCCUCUUCCCACCAUGGAAUCAAGUCGCGGCAGGCUUCAUAAAACCUUCCGACGAACUCUUCAAUCUUCGAUUCCUUCUACAAGUGUCCAACACGUCAGUUCGUAUAAGCAAUAUGGUGGCUUUCAUAAGGGUUUUGGAACUAAGUUCGGCAAUCAGGGCCAUAAGCGAUUUACACAGACUAUAUCGUCUUCAUCUUCUUUCCGCAAAUCUAGCCGGUCGAUCGAACCGAUAAUUAAUAAUGAUACAAGAUCCAGUGGGCGGACGGCAAAAAAACGACCGUUAUCACCCGCGCUGUCGCGUACCUCCCAUCUCCGUGGAAAUCCUGCAAGCAGGAAAGCCCCGAAAUUGCCCAAAAACGAAGUUUCAAGCAGAAUUUCCAAGUUUAAAUCUCAAAAGUCGAAAAAACCUGGAAAAAACGCGUCCGUAUCUCGGAUUAAGAAACAAUAUAAUAGUGCUAAGAGUGAGAAAUUUGCAUUCCAACCUUUACCAGACCUGAUCUAUGACAUGAACUAUAUAGUCUCAACUUAUAAAACCAAUGAAGUUGGCUCGAAGAAAGAAAAUCAAUCGUGGAUCAAGAAUCCUAGGAAGUUUCUUAUCAACAUCCUUCAACAUCCCGUCGAAUGGAAACUAUAUGGUCCCGCCGAAAGUCCAUUGCAUCGGGCAACCGUCCAGUUGGAAAUUUCCGGUACUAGGAUACUAGGGCAUGGUGAUGCAAAGAACAAGAAAGAAGCGGAAAGAAUAGCUUUUUUGAACGCCUGUUACAUGAUCGAGGUUCAAGGUUUAAUGGAAGAUGUAAGAACCCUAUGUGGGAGGGAAAACAGUGAUUGCAAGAAAUUCGUUUUUGAAUAUUGCUCCAAAUUCAAUUACCUCCCUAACUUUAACAUCGCAAAUGUGGGGUCUGACCAUGAUGUAUUGUGGGAAGCUAUUGUGGAAUUUCCUUCGCAAAAUUUGGUCGGUCGUGGUCGUGGAAAGACAAAGAAAGAGGCAGAACUGAAGGCAGCAGAAAUUUUCAAAAAAAAUGCGGAAGAAUACCAAGCUCAUCGUGGAGAUUCUAAAGCAGAAAGUAGCAUUAUCUCAGAGGAUCAGGCUAGAAAUUUUAUACAAUUCUACUGCAAGUUCUUUAAAUUUAAAAACCCUGUACUACGAGUUAAGAAUCUAGGCUCUCUCGAGAGUCCGCAGUGGUCCGCUUCUCUGAUUGUUGAGAAUACAAUAAUAGGAAAAGGUGAAAGAUCCAAUAAACGAGAGGCGCAAAAUAUUGCUUACUUGGAUGCUGCCAUUUCCUUACGCAAAGAUUCUCCAAGACUUUGGGACAAAUUUGAAUCUAAGAAGAACAAGGUGAAAUCAUCGGAAAAACCAACACCAAUUGUAAACGUUGAAAUGAGCGAUCCAACCUUUAAUAGUCUUUGCAAAUUGAUCACUGAUAUUCGUGGUGCCAAUAUGUUUAACCGAAAAGUCGGCGCGGAAUCUAAAAUUAAAAUAUCGAAACGAACUUUGGAAGAAAAAAAACCUUACUUCAAAGCAAAUGCAGGAAAAAAGAAAUUCACUGAUAGCUACCUCGAAGAGAAAUCCCAGAA